AACGCUGUGGGAUCGUGAGAGCGUGUGUGAGUGCGAUGCGGCCCUAAAACAUCCGUCAAAACCGUUGCAACCCCCAGCAGAAAAAAGGGCAGAGCGUGUUGUGCGCGCGUGAGAAAAACAAAAGCGAGACAGGCGCACGAUGCCCGUUGUUGUUGAGACCAUCUUCCGGCAGCCACCGACAGCAUCCCCGUUGCUGCUGGUUGCGGAAACAUCAACCGAUCCGACACUCGCCAGUUCGUCAGAGGCUGUUUCCAUCGCGAUGAUGGAGGUUUCGGAACCACCACCGGGAGGUCCUUUCGACGGAGAGUCCGUUGGGGAGCCAUCGAUUACCAAUGGAGCUUCGACGCACCUGCGCCAUCCUUGGCACGGUGCAACCCGGGACGCCUCGAGAUCCCCAUCGGUUGGGGACACGUUCGUUUCGGCUGCGGCUUCAUCCGACCUUCCGUACCCAUCGUCCUUCUCCGAUAGCACGGAUGAUUCCGAGUCCGGUCCGGAAGACGAAGAAGCGGAUGUGGCCAAUCGAACCGGCACACGGACCGGUCCGUUCGGGUACAUUACGACUGCCACCAUCACGCUUAGUGGCUGCAGCAACUCAUUCGCUAAUGGCCAUGAGCCAGGCAGCGGCAUUUCACCACCUUCGAGUCCUGGCCGCCAGUCUGGAGCUCCAUCCUCGCCGAUGGAAACCGCACCGGAAACCAUCGUCCGGACGAAUCCUUCACCAGGCCGCGAUACAACGCCAUCAUCGGCUUCCACGUCCGGCUCGGUGUCAAUCGGAGAUGGUUCAACGGAGCGGGAACUAAUUGAGCCAUACAUCAGCGUCAAGGUGGUUCCGGAGAAAAAAGGCUUCUUUCUAAAGCAUUCCAAGUAUGAGAUCAAAUUGAAGGGUGUCGAUAAAGCUGUCCGAAGGCGGUACAAAGAUUUCGUCACACUGCAUCGCUACUUGGCAGAGAAGUAUCCAUAUCGGCUUCUUCCAACAUUACCCCCCAAACAACUGAUGCUGGAUUCACUUCUCGAAGAGCGUCGGAGGGGUUUGCAGACCUGGCUCACCAUCGUAUCGUUGCAUCCUGUCCUGGGCAGAUCGUCGAUCGUGAACACCUUCCUACGCGACACCACCACCGAUCAUCAGUACCGGUUGCAGGUGGCUUACGAGAAACAAAUGGACGAAAUGAUGCGUCUUCGUUCCGAUGCAGUCCUGCCGGAUGUUGAUAUCGAUGCGCUAGCAGAUGCAAGAACCCGCCUACGACGUGUCCAGGGUGGAAUCGGUCGAUUGAGGGAGCUGUUCGAUCGGCGUGUGUAUCAUUCCCAGCAGCAGUUGACCGAGAGCACUCAAAUCGAUCAUAUCCUGCAGAGUGCCGAUUUGCGGGAUGCAUUCGUGCAUGACGGAGUCGCACUUGAUGAUAUGUCUGCUGGUGAGCAACUUGUUGCGAAGCAAUACGAACGGUACGUGCAGAUCCAGCAACGUGCCGUCACCGAACGGUUGGACGUGUUGCUAGAAGUGCUGCAUGCUCACAGCGAGCUUUGCGAACGUAUCGAAAGAGGUGUCAUACUCGAACAUCAGAGAGCACUUGCGAAGGCCACAGCAGGAACGGGACAAACGAAAGUAAAGGCUCCUGCCGUUAACCAGAGGACGAUCCCAACGGACACCAUCACAGCGUCAGUGUCGGAAUUAGAUCAACUUGCCCGUCGGUCUGCAUUCGCGUUCAGCUGUGCCCAAGCCGAAACCCUUCUUGCUGAGCGACACCUGCAAUCGCUGCCUUCAGUUCUGUUGUCUUACGCCCACGAGGAGCAGCAGCACCAUCAGAAGAUGUGGAAGAUAUGGCAUCGGUUAGUAGUUAGUGAGUCGACCAGGCUCAGCUAAAGCAUUCAACCACAUCCAAACACUGCACGCAGAUACGGACAGAUUUUGAGGAACAAUGUUGAAAUUUGAUGUUAUCAGCAAUGGCAACACAUUUCGGCGUUCAUUAACAGGCAGAAACUAGCGAUAAAAAUUAACGCGUUCUUGUUCGCGUUGUGAGAACUAGAAAAUCUCUACUUCGCGCCUUUGUUAUUGUUCGCAAAGCAUUUCGGCAGAAUGAUUCAACUGGUUAAGAUAAAUCGUAGCGAUAAUUGUACUUUAAGAGUUCGUUUAUAGCAAGAUGGGUAUCAUAGGUUAGAGAAUCAUUAAAGUAAAAUAGUUUCAAACGGAUUAUUUCUUAAAUUCGUAUAAAUGACAUGGAAAUAAAAGUUGAAAUAAAAUCGU